AGAGCAAUUUCAUUCGAAUUUGCGCCUGAUUUUUCAGUUUGAACAACGUGAUAUUUUUGAAUCAAGAAAUAGGAAGUUUUUGAAGACAUUUUUUGAAAAUUAACUAAUUUAUUUCAUUAUUAGAAUUCUUACACAUUUACAUUGUAUGGAUAUACUAUAAAUAAGACAGAGAAUGGAAGUAUCUGACGCCAACUUGCAGGCCUUGGCAGGAUAUUUACAACAGACACUUUCCCCAGACAUAUCUGUGAGAAAGCAAGCUGAGCAGUUUCUGGAGUCAGUAGAGGGAAAUCAGAACUAUGGACUUCUUCUCCUAACCCUGUUAGACAGAGAUGGAGUUGAGCCCCACAUUCGUGUCAGUGCAGCGGUCACAUUCAAAAAUUUUAUCAAACGCAACUGGAGAGUGGCUGAUACUGACAAGAUUCAUGACAAUGAUCGAAACACCAUCAAACAGCAGAUUGUGGGAUUGAUGUUAAAAAGUCCUGAGCAAAUACAAAAACAGUUGAGUGAUGCUAUCAGCAUAAUAGGAAGAGAAGACUUCCCAGACAAAUGGCCAAAUCUCAUCAUGGAAAUGGUUGAGAAAUUUCAGACCGGGGACUUCUAUGUUAUCAAUGGAAUUCUGCAUACAGCCCAUUCUUUGUUUAAAAGAUAUCGACAUGAAUUCAAAUCUCAAAAACUCUGGGAGGAAAUCAAAUUUGUCCUGGAAAAUUUUGCAAAGCCUUUCACUGAGCUCUUCAAUGCAACAAUGGACUUGGCAACAAAGCAUGCCUCUGACCCCAGUGCUCUAAAAGUUAUAUUCAGCUCCAUUGUCCUUAUUUGCAAAAUAUUCUACAGUCUAAAUUUUCAGGAUUUGCCAGAACAUUUUGAAGACAACAUGAGCAUAUGGAUGACCCAUUUUCUGACACUGUUGAGUGCUGACAACAAAAUUCUACAGACACAAGACGAGGAAGAAGCUGGCCUGUUAGAGCAAGUGAAGUCUCAGAUCUGUGACAAUGUGGCACUCUAUGCUCAGAAGUACGACGAAGAGUUCUCUCCUCAGUUACCCGCUUUUGUCACCGCCAUCUGGAAUCUCCUGAUCUCGACUGGACUACAAGUGAAGUACGACGAUCUGGUGAGCAAUGCUAUCCAGUUUCUGGCUUCUGUUGCCGAGCGUCCGUCGUACAAACACCUCUUUGAAGACCCUGCUACUCUUGCCAGUAUCUGUGAAAAAGUCAUUGUUCCAAACAUGCAGUUCAGAGAUGCUGAUGAGGAGCUGUUUGAGGAUAAUCCGGAGGAGUACAUCAGGAGAGACAUUGAAGGAUCAGAUGUGGACACCAGGAGACGGGCGGCCUGUGACCUUGUACAGGCCCUCUGUAAGUCGUUUGAGGGGCCGGUCAUUCAGAACUUCUCCCAGUAUGUCCAGGGACUGCUACAGGUAUAGAUUAUCA